CACAAUGUUGACGCUUGUUUGGACAGUUACGCUGUAAUCUUUUUUGUCUGCCGUCUGGUCUCUUGAAUCACUUGAAUUACACUUCAGUCCACUUUGAAAUCAAUUUUACACAUCCAGAAACGGACACAGAGAUGAACUCUGGAAGCGACCGACAACAUUUACCUUUUAAGCUUUGAGGAUUUCCAGCAAUGGACAAGCAAAAAGUGCUGGCCCGGCUGGUUUUGGACCUGCAGGCAUUCCUGUUGGUUCUGGAGAGUGAGAAUCUCAGCUAUAUUGCUCAGGCCCAGAAAAAAUCCAUCUCAGAGCUGCUUUCUAAACUGCAGGACAAUAAGGACACACCAGCAGAGGAUGCGGAGUACAUGAUUAUGAACUGUCCCUCUGGAGGCCCCAGUGAUCUCAGGGAAAGCACCACUGCUGAGGCUGAAUUCAUGGACGAACCUGUUUCAAACACCUCUACUGAAAGGCUGCAGUCAGGGCCUGUGGGUCCUGCUGUUCCCCCACACCCUCCGUGUUUAGAGGACAAAGACUUUUAUGAGGAGGCAGAACCGUUUGUGCCAGCCAGUCAGACUACAGAUAACGUGGAUUCAGACAGUAGUCACUAUGAGUCGUAUGGUGAAGAGGAGGAUGAGGAAUUUGUGAAGGACAAAGCUCACUACAUCCAGUGGAGCUCCUCUCAGCCCUGCUUAAGACCCGUCCCAGAGUCACGCAUCUGUGGAUAUCUCUGGAGAAAGAAGUGGCUUGGCCAGUGGACGCGCCAGCUCUUCAUUAUUAAACACAACACACUACUGUGUUUUAAGUGUGCGAAAGACCUGCACCCUCUGCUGGAGCUCAACCUGAUGGGUUGUUAUGUGGUCUACAAAUCCAAGCACAAUAAGAAGAUGCAGCACGAGCUGAAGGUGGUUUCUGGUGCUGAAACACUCAUCAUGGGCUUCCAAAGUAGCACACAGGCAGAAGAGUGGAGGAAGAUUAUAGAAGAAGUAAGCGGCUCAUCUUACUAUGAGCCUGAAUCACACAGCUCCUCAUCUAUUCUGAAGAGUGAAAGACUGGACUCUUGCAGGUCAAGUACUGUCCUCCAUACGGAUUCAGAUGAAGAGAAAAUGUCUGGUCUUCUGUCUGCAGUUAGCAGUGUGGAAAUCAAAGACAGAGACAGACCUGCCUUCUUGAAUGUUCUGAUGAACUGUCAGUGGCAGAGUCUGUGGUGUCGGGUGGACAAGGGCGUUCUGAAGAUGUGUCGGGAUGAGGCAUCAGAGGAGACCCCUCAGUACACGGUUCAGCUAAGAGGGAGUGAGGUCCAACCCGGCCCGGAUACAGCACAUGCUUACCGCAUUACCAUCAUACAGCAUGGAGACCAGGUGGCUGUACUGGAGGCCAGUUGUGCAGAUGAUAAAGAACAGUGGGUUCAGCUCCUGCAAGACGGGAGUUCCACUGCAGCUGCUUCUCCAAAUCAACACACCAGCCACGAGUCACUGAGUGGUCUGAAAAGCCGCAGGUUCCCCACCUCAAACAUGUACAUGGAUGACCCCUUUCACCAGCUCUGUGGUGCAGUCCACUCUCAGCCCAUCUAUUCAAACUCAACCAUACUAGAGCAAAUGUUUCAGAAACCCUACACUGGUGAAAAUGGAGAAUUAGUGUCAACCAAGGAUUUUGCCAACUACAGCAAUAAUGAAAUCUUCAGUGACCACAGUACAAAAAUGUUUGAGAUUGAGAGGAGUGUGCAGAAACUGGACCUGACACGAAAGAGACGUGUGCAGUUGCGAGCAGGGUCAGAGGUCAACCUUGUCAGUGUGGGGACUAAGCCAGCUAAACGAAAUUCCUUCAGACGGUCUCUUGCUUUCUGCACUGAACGAGCACAGGGAGGGUUCCUGACCCCACUCUUAAGAAGAACUUCUUCAGCAAAAAACACCCUAAAGAAUGCUCCAUCUGCCCUGUUUAUUGAGCAUGGCAGGGUCUUUCAAAGGAGGAAGGAGUGUGAAACCAAAGCAUCAGGUUGACAUUGAGACUUCUCUCACACAUUUCUCUCACAUUGUCAGUAUAUCAUUGCACUGAAUAUAAUAUUAUUUCCAAGCAUGUUGAUCAUGCAGUGGUUUGGAUUUUUGAAGUUUGUUCCUCUCUUUUUGGGGUACUUGGUACAAUCAGGAUAAUAUGAUUACUAUACUGAUUACAAGACUUCUUAAGUACAAUAAACAAACUUAAAUCUGCCAACACAGAGCAUUGCAAGAUUAUCAGGGUGCAUUUGUUGUAAAUGUCUGAGAUGUUACUGAUGUACAUUUCUUUGAAAAAUAAGUUUUACACCAACAUUUCAGGUGUCCUGGAGAUUUUUACUUUUUAACAAAGUCUAUCAUCAAAGCACAGUAUUUAUGCUUAUGUAAAUCACUUAUGUGACUUUGCACUGUUUUGAAGUAGACCUAAACUGCGUUUGCGUUUUUUUUACGAAGGCAUUGCCACAGUCAGGAAUCGUCAGUGUGAAGAUCAGGAUGUGUUUAUAGCCAGUUAAUUAUUCAAGAGUAAUUACCUCUUUUAUUUUUAUUUUCACUAGACUCACAAAUCUGUGGUAAUUUAUCAGCAUUUUUACUCUGUUUAAUACCAGUGCACAUGUAGUAUUUUAUCUGUUUGAGCUUUCCUAAUAAUGUGCCUUAACCAUGUUUUUAUCUAUGUUUUUUAUGCUCUUGAAUGAAGCAUUGAUUUUUCUUUACAGCUGAAGAGAUUUUGCUGGUAUUAAUCCCACUUUAGGGGUGUCAUUUUGUAUAGUUUGCUUGUUUGGUUAAAACAGGAUGGCCUAAUGUUGCUGUACAAAAAGAUAUCUGUGGUAAAGGAAAAACACCAAUGAUGAAACUAUUUGUAUUUGUACUAUAAAUAAAACAAUGCUGGA